AUGUAUGGAAGCGAGAAACAAGUAAACAUUUAUGUGACAACAGAGAAUAACCUCAGCUCCAAUAUUCAUACUAACCAUUCGUGUGCCAACAGAGAUGAACCACACGAUGAGUGUGAUGCAGACCUUUGUCCUAGUGAAGAAAGCUAUCAUCGUCAUCUCAGUUCUAAUAAUGAAGACGGUCUAAUGAAUGAUGAUGAUGAAGUUAACUCAUUUAGUAAGAAUAGUAUGAGAAUGGAAGUAGGCUCAAAAUUUGAAAACGUGGUUGAUUUUAGGAGAGAUUUGAAUCACUUUGCAGUCAUAAAUGAGUUUAACUACUACAUUCAGAAAAGUGAUCCGACACGAUUCACAGCAAGGUGUGAAAACCUAGAAUGUGAGGGCAGAAUUCAUGCUUCUAUUACACAAGAUGAAGUUACCUUUGAAGUUAAAAAAAUGGUAGAAGUACAUACUUGCACUCGAAGCAACAAGGGUGGAAAUAAGCGUGCCACUCAAGGUUGGAUUGCUAAUGCAGUAACUGACAAGUUGAAAUCUGAUCGGGAUGUCUCUCCAUAUGAGCUUAGAAAUUGGAUUAUGAAAACUUACAAUGUUGACGUAUCGUAG